AAAUAUGCAAAAGUUAAUAAUAUCAAAAGCAUCAAAUGAACCCAGAUCCCAGAAUUUCCCAGAACAACGUCUCAAAUUAGGGAGACUUUUUGCCUUAGGGAAAAUUUGUCUUCAGAAACUUCAGAAUAAGAUUUAAUAGAAAUAUUAUUCAAAUUUUGAACUUCACCCCAACUGAAGCAAAAAUUUCGACAAGGCAAUCUCAAUAGGCAGAUGUCACUACAGUAGAGUGAAGGGAAGGAGGUAUGAUAAAUCAAAACAAAAACAGACAAUAACCACUCCAACUUUUCCCCAUCAGUCAAGUCUUUAGGAGUAGCUCCAUAUUUCCCAAACCUGGUCUCCUUCCUACUAAUACAGGGAGUAGCUGCUGCCAACCGGUUAACUCUAGGCGGGAGAAAAGUAAAUUUUGGGAGCAGUUGGUAUUGCAAAGUUCGAGAGAAAAAAUGGUGGAAGAUGUGUGGUUGGCGGAGGAAUUUCAUUCUCCCCGCAAGGAUGCCACGAUAUCCAAGCUGCUACAAAAGGAUGUAGACCAAGAGUCUCAGAUGAGAGCAGAAAUACAAACCAUGAAGCAAGACCUCUCAGCUAUUAGCAUGAUGGAUGAAUUUGCCAGAUACGCCAGACUAGAACGGAAGAUUAAUAAAAUGACUGAUAAGCUUAAAACUCAUGUGAAGGCACGAACGGCUCAAUUAGCCAAAAUUAAAUGGGUCAUAAACAUUGUUUUCUACAUAUUGCAGGCUUUAUUGAUGAUCUCACUUAUUUGGAAGUAUUAUUCUGAUCCUGUGACUGUGCUACCAAGUAAAUGGAUAGCUCCAUUAGAACGCUUAGUGGCAUUUCCUACUGGAGUAACAGGUGGUGUUGGAAUUACGUGUUGGCUUGUCGUCUGCAAUAAAGUUGUGGCUAUCAUGCUUCACCCUUUUAGCUGAAAAGAAAAAUGAACCAACUCCAGGAUUUUAAUUACUAUUCCACUAUCACAAUCAAAAAUCUGGUUAAACUUUUUCUUUUAAAGCAUACAUUUUUCUGGAAUGUAGGUAUACCAAGGCUAAGAAAAAAUUGUUUAUAAUUGUUACAAUUGAAAUAGAAUGAUUUUGUUCUGAAUAUAUUACACAUCAAUAAGUCCAAAGCUAAUUUGUUUUCUUUAAUAAUGGUGGCAUUUAUGAGACAUUUAAUGUAAUUUAGAAGUGAUUUUUUUUGUCACUGCUGUUAGAAAGCUAGGUGUUUUUAAAUCCCCAUAAAAGCACUGUGAAUUUGUGUUAAAUUCUGAUUUGCUAAGGGAAAUAACAACACUAGUACUAAAACAUGACAUUUCGUUUUUUAGUUUGGUCCUACAAAAUAUAUUCACUAAUACCGAAAGCAUUUUUAUUAUUGACAAAGCUCCACUUUCUGUUGUGAUAGUUGUUGAUGUUAAAUCUGUGCUUAUAUAUCUUUUCUCUAAGGGGUAAACAGUGUAGAUUAUAAGUCUAGCUUAUUGUUAAAAACGGUUAGAAUUUCAUUAUUUUUAUAAAUGUUUGCUAUAUGUUGUUUUGUGCAUGAACUGCUUUUGUAUGUGAAACCUUUAUAAAUUUAUCUUAAUAUUUAGACUGAAUUUAAUAUUUAUGCUCAUGAAAUUAAAAAGUUAAUUGAGAUAUGAUUAAAUUAUUAAACCGUUUGGACUUUGUCUAUAAAAUAA